CGCCGCGCCGCGCCGCGUCGCGUUGCGCUGAUCUCCCUCCGUUUCCGAGUUCUCGCCAUUACUGACCGCGUCUCUCUCUCUUGCUCUCUCUUUUUCCCCCCUCUCUUUCAUCGGUUGUCAGCGGUUCAACCAACCGACCGAUCACCCGAUCACGUUUUUGCACGCGACCGGAAAGAGUAAACUACCCUUGCUUGCGCUCUUAUUUACCAAGGUUCACACUCCUUCCAUGUCAACGACACGCGCGCUCCUGCCAAGGCCAGCAGCGAGCUACGCCCUCCACAUCGGUCCCGCCGUCGUUGUCGAAAAAUUGUCAUUAUCGUGCACGUCGCAUCCACGCCAUUGGCAGCUUCCGACGAAGGCCGCCGACGGCAUCGAACGUCGGGAGUCUUCGAGGCGGCGGCGGCGGUGGAGGAGGAGGAGGAGGGUGUGCAAUCGCAUCGGCGUCGCUCGUGCCAGCCUGAGAUGAGCGACCAUGGCUGCAUACAUUUGAAUAAUUUUAAAGCAGCCAAGGGUAUUCAGCCGUACAAAGUGAUACACUCGUAUUUCGUGACCAGCACGUCGACGGAAGGACGCGUUAGGAAGGCUGUGAGCUGUUUUUGUCAUACAUGUAAUACUUACAAGGAUCGUCUACAUUCUUGUCUUCAUUGUAUAUUUUUUGGCUGUUAUGUAAGGGGUCACAUACAAGAACAUGCAAAAACGAAGAAACAUUUUCUAGCCGUUGAUCUGUGUUAUGGAAAUAUCUUGUGCUUCCAAUGUGGCGAUUAUGUAUACGAUAGAGAGCUGUUAGCAGUGGCGAAAGCACAAUGGAGCCAGUCAGCAAAAUCCUUGAGCUUCGGCGAAUUUUACCGAGCAUGGGAACCUACGCAGAUAGAAGCAGAGUUGUUAAGAAAGCAUCCACGUCGAAGACGUGUUGUAGAAAAUUCCACUAUAGGUUUAAGAGGACUGAUAAAUCUUGGAAAAACCUGCUUUAUGAACUGCAUCGUACAGGCACUGAUUCACACACCGCUCCUGCGAGACUACUUUCUUGCUGACCGUCAUCACUGCCCGCAACCGAGUCGCUGUCUCGUCUGCGAGGUAUCCCACUUAUUCCAGGAAUUUUAUUCCGGCAAUAAGGCUCCGUUGACGCUUCACAAACUUCUCCACCUGAUUUGGACGCACGUCAGACAUCUGGCAGGAUACGAACAGCAAGACGCCCACGAAUUUUUUAUUGCUACGUUGGACGUUCUCCAUAGACAUUGUGAAGCUGCUCCAAUACUGGUCAAAGACAAUCCCCAUCACUGCAACUGUAUCAUUGAUCAGAUAUUCACAGGAGGUCUUCAAAGCGAUGUUGUUUGUCAAGCUUGCAAUGGAGUAUCUACCACAAUAGAUCCAUUUUGGGAUAUAUCUUUGGAUUUGGGUCCGGCAUCUGGUGCGUCUGGCUCCGAUACGUCCGGGCCUCCCACUUCUUUGCUGGAUUGCCUGGAAAGAUUCACUAGAGCCGAGCAUUUAGGUUCCACGGCAAAGAUCAAAUGUAGCAAUUGCCAGUCUUAUCAGGAGAGUACAAAGCAGUUAACGAUGAAGCAGCUGCCUAUUGUGGCGAGUUUUCAUCUGAAGCGCUUUGAACACUCUAGCAUCCAGGAUAAAAUCUCGAAAAAAAAGAUCUCCACAUUCAUCUCAUUCCCAGAGCAACUAGAUAUGACGCCAUUUAUGUCGCAUAAGCGUAAUGGCAACAAGAAUAGUGCUAUGAUGGAUGGGUUGUCAAGGAACGGAGAGAACAUGAUCUUUAGUGACAAUAGGUACUCUCUGUUUGCCGUGAUAAAUCACGAAGGCUCUUUAGAAACUGGACAUUAUACCGCUUACAUCAGGCAACAAAGGGAUCAGUGGUUCAAGUGCGAUGAUCAUUUGAUCACACGAGCUAGAGUGACCGAUGUCGUGACUAGCGAAGGAUAUCUUCUUUUUUAUCACAAGCAGACUUUGGAAUAUGGUCGAAAUAGUAAAGUAUAAAAGAAAGGAAGAGAGAGAGAGUGUGGCGCGCGUGUGUGUGGUGUGUGUGUUUGUAUGUGUGUGGAAGACAGGGAAGAAUUAAAUCAUGUAAUUAAUUUAUUUAAUGAAGAAUUUGAAAAAUUGCUGCUGAAGCUAGUCGGUGACGCUUUACGUUUGCCGAAAAUUCGUGUCAUCGUCGCUUUUUGAUUUUUGCCGGCACCUUUUGUGUUCGAUGAAAUAUGCCGACUAACUGCUCGACCGACAUCUUUGUGCGUGUUCCGAAUGUAACGUAAGCGUAGAUGGUAAGAUUAGCUCAAUUUUUUUAAAUGAACCGAUCGCUGUUUUUGUAUAUCGCUGACUGUUGUUAUACUCUUGACACUUGUAUACACGACGCAUGCCGAAAAUAGGCUUCGUGUGUAUCCUUUCUCCUUUUAGUUUCUGCAUCUACCAGCAGAAUGUUAAUUGUUCCGAUCUCUCGAGUGUCCCGAUGUGCCUGUGAUAUCGGAUUGUCGUUUAUGACUCGUUGAAUUUACUGAUUGAAUUGGUUGACGUGUUGAUUUAUAAUCGAUUAAUUAUAUCUUUUUUAUAUUUACAAGUAUUAAUUAGAUUACUUUUGUGAUCACCGAUACAGCAAUUGAAUGAAAUUUUACACAUAGAAAAAUCAAGUUAAAUUAGAUUCUUAAACGCUACAAAGAUCAAGUAUUUAUUGCGGAAAUUCGAUGUUCCAUACGAGACAAUCCGGUAUUUUCUCGCGCGUUCAAAACUGUAUACCAAUAUAGUGACAUGAUUUUUUAAUUAUAACGGCCAUCCUUAGGCGACUCAAUUUUGUACAGAUGAAUUAAAAUGAACUACAGCGGAUAUGACGAUAUUAACACGAAGCGAAUUCUUUCGCUAAACUUUGUAUAAUAAAAAUCGCUGUUCCAUAA